UUGUUUUAAUUAUUAUGUGAAUAUUAAUUAAUGAAUCGAUAACAUUUCACUAAGUCAGCUGCUCAACUACUCGAUUAUGCACCACCAGUUCGCGUGUCAUCACUAAAGUAACCAAAAGCAAGAAGAAGCAAAAAGCUGACGUACUCGGGAAAAAGUUUAGAAUUAAUUAAGCAAUUAAUACACGUUAGACGCAACGCAGUAGUUAAUAAUGUAAUAUAGUGCAAAAAUAAACGCGUUAGUCUUUAAUUUUUCAUUAAGCCCAAAUACCGUACGAUUUGCAAAACACUAGAGUAUGUUGGAAAAUUGUUGCUGCUGUGCAUAGGAAGCCCAACAACAAAAGUAGAAGUCAGACGAGUUGAUGAUAAGACUCUUGAAUGUGCAGAUAAAUCAUAAGUACAAAUAUCCGACACGUUAACAGCUGGCAUAAACACAAAAGGAAUACGAUAAAUGCAAACGUCUGAAAACGCCUCUCUUCUACUGCCUUAAACAAUAGUCAACAGCAACACAGACAGCAACAGCUGUGUGUGUGCGCGCGUGUGUGUGUGGGUGUCUGUGUUGUCGCAUUUUGUGUGUUUGUCGGACGUAACAAAAUAUUGAGCCGUCGAGCAAAACACAUGAUGUGGUCGUUCUUCUCGCGCGACUCUUCCAAAGACUUUCCAUAUGACAUUGGCGAACCCGUCGCUGGCUUUGAUAACUAUUCCAUAUGGACAUUGCACAAGGCCAAACGCAAAGGUACCCUAGAGGAGGUCUCGGUCUUUGUCUAUGAUAUACGCAGUGGAUCUGAUACGAAAUGUGAGCUGGCCAAGGCGUCGCUAAAACGCCUCAAAACGUUGCGUCAUCCGAGUAUACUGCAAUAUCUGGACUCACUGGAAACGGAUAAGAUGCUAUAUGUGGCCACCGAAGCCGUGGAACCGCUGGGCACAUAUUUCACCAAACUAGCCACAGACAAUUUACAAAAAGGCCUUUAUUUGGCUUGGGGAAUCUUUCAAAUCACGCGUGCUCUCUCCUUUCUUAAUAACGAUGGUAAUUUGCGGCACAACAAUGUCUCUGCCUGGUCGGUCUUCGUUAAUUCAUCCGGCGAAUGGAAGCUGGGCAGCCUGGAGUACGUCGCUGCUGCUGAUGGUAACCCCAUGCCGCCUAUGAAAAUACCCGUUACGCUAGAGGUCUAUGAUGCACCUGAGAAGAAUGAUCAGACAAAACUCAAAGCUGCUACCAAGUGCUCUGUGGACAUGUGGGGUCUGGGAUGUCUCGUUUGGGAGGCCUUUAAUGGCGUACUAAAGCAGCGAUCCAAUCUAAAAGACAUCGAACACAUACCCAAAUCACUGCAAUCUCUAUAUUGCGAGCUAGUUGGCGCAUCACCUUCAAAUCGGCCCAAUCCAGCUGAUAUUAUAACGCGUUGUCGUAAACCAGGCGGUUUCUUUAAAAACGAUUUAGUCGACACACUGCUCUUCCUUGAAGAAAUUCAAAUCAAAGAUAAAGCGGAAAAGAAUCGUUUCUUUAGCGGUCUGACCACGCAUCUGGAAAACUUUCCGGAUAAUGUUUGUAAACACAAAAUACUUCCACAGCUGAUAACAGCUUACGAAUAUGGCGAUGCUGGCUCAGCGGUACUGGCGCCCAUGUUUAAGCUUGGCAAACUGUUGGACGAGGUGGAGUACCAGAAACGUAUUGUACCCUGUGUGGUAAAGCUCUUUGCUUCGACAGAUCGUGUGACCCGUUCUCGUCUGCUGCAGCAAUUGGAUCUGUUUAUUGCGCAUUUGCAGCCGCCUGUGGUAAAUGAGCAAAUAUUCCCCCAAGUGGCGCAUGGCUUUCUGGAUACAAACGCCACUAUUCGCGAGCAGACAGUCAAAUCCAUUAUUCACUUGGCUCCCAAGCUGAACUACAAUAAUCUCAAUGUGGAGGUGUUACGCCAUUUUGCUCGGCUACAAGCGCGCGAUGAUCAGGGUGGCAUACGUACCAAUACAACAGUUUGCCUGGGCAAGAUUGCACCACAUCUGCAUCCGCAGGUGCGCCAGCGUGUUCUCGUCUCGGCCUUUAUACGUGCCAUGAGGGAUCCUUUUCCACCAGCUCGUGUUGCUGGCGUUUUGGCUCUGGCAGCUACUCAGCAAUACUUUUUGCUUAGUGAGGUGGCCAAUCGUGUCUUACCAUCGUUGUGUUCCCUGAGUGUUGAUCCAGAGAAAACUGUACGAGAUCCGGCCUUUAAAACAAUACGUGGAUUUUUGGGCAAACUCGAGAAGGUCUCCGAGGAUCCCAGUCUGCGUGAAACAAUGGAAGCGGAUGUUCAUACCGCCACGCCUUCAAUUGGCAAUGCAGCAGCCACCUGGGCGGGCUGGGCAGUUACCGCCGUGACAGCCAAGUUCUAUCGCAGUCAAAGCGAUUCGUCCAGACCCAGACCGCCAUUAACAGGUCGGAAUCUAUCGAAACCAGCGUCGUUGGAGCAACCAUCGAGUAGCAGCCUGUCGACCACUACAAGUAGCGUUACAUCCAUGACAUCAUUGGAGCACGAAAGUAACGAUACCUCCGCCUCAGCCUCUGACUAUGGCAACAACGAUUGGGAUAAUGAGAACUGGGGUGAAAUGGAUACGUCACAGGAUCCCAGCAGUCCGCUGGCAGCUAGCUCUAAUAAUGGUCAACUGAUAACAACCAAUCCGCUAAAUGAAGUGCGCGAUGGCUGGGACAACGAGGAAUGGGGUAGUCUGGAAGAGGAUCCGUGCGAGGAGGAGGAACAAGCGGAGCAGGAGCAGCAACAGCAACAGUUGGCCAGACAAUCGAUUUCUUCAACGACAUCAUCUAGCCAGCAACAGCAGCGACCCUUGCUACCACAUCAACAUCAACAGCAGCUGCAACAGCAUGAGCUCAACGAUCUUAUUGAGCCGCUGGCCAAACUUAAUUCACACAACACCUUAUCACCAUCGCGGCAGCAACUGCGACCAAAGGAGCUGGCUAAUCUGUCGAGCAGCGCUAACACUUCACCUACAACGCCGGGCGCAUUGACCAAUUGCAAUAACAUAAGCCCGCCAACAUCGCAUUUGAAUAAUUCAACGCAUAAUGCCAAUUGGAACAGCGAUUCCUGGGCCGAUGGCGAAUUCGAACCUCUAGACGAGCCCGGUUUAGGUAACAGUAAACUGGACGAAGCCCGUCGUAAACGCGAGGAAAAGAAGCUGCAGCGGCAGCGAGAACUGGAGGCGCGACGAGCGCAACGUGCAACUGGCCCACUAAAACUGGGCGCUAAAAAGCUUUAAAAGGAUUUACAGAUGAAAAACCAACAAACAAACAG